UUACAAGGGGAAAAGGUGCCCAGAACAGAAACAGACUGGAGUUUAUAAAAACGUGUCUUCUGCACUUGCCCUUUGAGCACUUUGCUUAGUUGUAUGACUGAUAACAAAAGCACACAAUCAAAAGUGCAUCCCAGCCUUCAGAACACAAUUCAGCAAGCUGCAAAAAGCAGAUUUAGUUUCUUUUGCAGCUGGUCUAUGAGUCUCAUGUGGCAUCAUAUUAAAUUAUAUAGGCAGUCAGUCGCUUGUUCUGAAGCGAUGCUCUGAGCCGGGAGUUGUGAUGUGCUUGGACCAUUCUGGUGGAAAACAGGCUGGAAAGCUAAAACAGCUCCUCUGAAGAGUGCCAGGGGCUUCAAACUCCUCCAGGACUGCAGUUCCCCCUGGGAUGCACUAUGAGGGUGGCCCAGCGACCCUACGAUGGGCUGUGGAGCAUUUUGCCCUAAAGGAAUAGCUAGAACUUGUUGAGCUGGGAAAGACUUCUUGGAACAGAUCCUUGGUUUUGUCUUCUCCGCAUGAGCGCCUCUUGUUGAUGUUGGAAUAGCUGCUCUUAGCUGCUUGGUGAUUCACAAAAUGAGUGUCUGAAUUACAGGAAGAAGGAAUAAAUGCCAUUAACUUACCUCUCAGUCCCAUUCCAUUCGAACUAGACCCCGAGGACACUAUGCUAGAGGAAAAUGAAGUCCGAACAAUGGUGGAUCCAAAUUCAAGAAAUGAUCCAAAAUUACAAGAACUGAUGAAGGUAUUAAUUGACUGGAUUAAUGAUGUGUUGGUAGGAGAGAGGAUUAUUGUGAAAGACUUGGCUGAAGACCUGUAUGAUGGACAAGUACUGCAGAAAUUAUUCGAGAAGCUUGAAAGUGAGAAGCUGAAUGUUGCAGAAGUUACUCAGUCUGAAAUUGCUCAGAAACAGAAGCUACAGACAGUGCUUGAGAAGAUCAAUGAAACCCUUAAACUCCCUCCAAGAAGCAUCAAGUGGAAUGUUGACUCUGUUCAUGCUAAAAGUCUGGUGGCCAUACUUCACCUUCUGGUUGCAUUGUCUCAGUAUUUCCGAGCACCAAUCCGACUCCCUGACCACGUGUCCAUUCAGGUGGUUGUUGUGCAGAAACGAGAUGGAAUCCUCCAGUCUCGACAAAUCCAAGAGGAAAUAACUGGUAACACCGAGGCAUUAUCAGGAAGGCAUGAACGAGAUGCAUUCGACACUUUGUUUGACCAUGCCCCAGACAAGCUCAAUGUAGUGAAAAAGACUCUCAUCACCUUUGUGAACAAGCAUCUGAAUAAACUGAAUUUGGAGGUGACUGAACUGGACACGCAGUUUGCAGAUGGAGUGUACUUGGUCCUGCUGAUGGGUCUCCUGGAAGGCUAUUUUGUUCCCCUGCACAGCUUUUUCUUGACUCCUGAUAGUUUUGAACAAAAGGUUGUCAAUGUAUCCUUUGCAUUUGAGCUCAUGCAGGAUGGUGGAUUGGAAAAACCAAAGCCAAGACCAGAAGAUAUUGUAAAUUGUGACUUGAAGUCUACACUGAGAGUACUGUACAAUUUGUUUUCCAAAUACAGGAAUGUGGAGUGAAGAAUUUAUUUGGGUCACAAAGGAGUGUUAACAAAGAAAACAUCAUUACUAGCAGAUCUUU